UUGUUUCCCUUGAGGCUCUCGCAUCACGGAGAUUCCUUCCGAUAGACACAGAGAUAUCGACAGCUUCUGCUGCCCUUGGAAUAAUUAUCUGCAGCACUUUACUCUACCUUUUUGUUCUUGUGAUCCAUCCUCGUUCGGCUGUAUUGACUGCGUCGGAUUGGAUUGGCACUCACAGUUAAGCAUUCGAGUCAGUCGUUGGGCUUUUUGUUUUCUCACGGGUGAAAGUUCGUGAAGCAAGUGUGUGAGGCUGAUUAAUUGUUGUCAAGGCCCCAUCGACCAUUUCCCUGACGUUCCACUGCCAAUUGCUCGUUCAAGACCAGCGAAGAUAGUGGGUAAAGGGAUAACAGUGUGGCUUGCAAUCACUCGAGUACGUUUGUCGCGAACAAGUCUACCACGUUCACAUCACGAGAGCUGCUUACGCGAUUGACUAACUGUACAAGGGUUCAUGACACCUGCUGGGACGAUAUCCAUUACUGCAAGUACUACGUCAAGUCCCCAAGCCCUCUCCCGUACUGUUUUCACUCCUACUCGUUACCUUGCCGUCGCGGGAGACACGCCCUCCUUCUGUGUUCACUCUUCCUUCCGGAUCGGGCCUCGGGUGUUUCUACUCACGGCACUCGUCCUCGCCACCUCAACCCUACCGUUGGCGACAGCGACUGUCGAACCGUCGCGCCGCUUCCCGACACCCACGCCACUGGCGCUCAUGGCCCAGACAUCCACGACUGUACCGCCAAGUCUCGAUACGGAAAGCAGGCACGGCCAGUAUGAGCACACUCGGCAGUACGGCAACGCAAGCACUCCCAACGGCACAUCCGGUCUACUCGUCCGUUGCAGCAAAGUACUGCCGAACGUUAGGAACCGUGCGUUUUCGUACGAAACCAGUAUGGCUUCUACCGGUUCCCCGCUGACGAUUCCUUCCGGUGGUGGGGGUGCCGCCGCCUUGCCCAUGCAAACGCACACCGGCACCACCAGCGCCAUCCAUACCGUCAAGGAAAACACCGUCUACACAUUGUGGCGGAAUCCCCAUACCGUUCUCUACACGUGUGCAAUUCUGGUUACAUUGGUGCCACUGUAUAGCACCCGCGCAUCCUGGAUUCCUUUCUUUCAAAAGGAACGCAUUCAAGCCCAAACGAUACAAAUUCUUCGUCGCUUUCAAGAUACGGAAAACGAAACACUCGCCCUUCUGCAGUACACGUUGGGUAUGACGAUAUGGGAGUUCUUCGGCUUGUCGACAAUCCCGGUAGAAACCGCGGCCGGUAUGGUAUUCGGUUGGAAGGCGGCGAUCGCUUCGGGAAUUGGAAAACUCGUGGGAGCCGUCCUGACUUUUGUCAUUACCCAAGUCAUUUUGCGCGACCGGGUGCAAGCCAGACUCGUCUCCAACCCACUAUUUCAACUCCUUCUGGAACAAUCCCCUAAACGCCAUCACGAUGAUGACGAUAGGAGCAAAUGUGCCACUCCAGUAUCCGCCAAGUCAUCCUCGUCCUCAGUAGCCACGGUGGCCUCGCCGUGGCAGACCUCUGUUUGUCUGAAAUUUUCCUGCGUCCCGGAACUCGUCAAGAAUUGCGGGUCGGCCCUGUUGAACAUACCGCUAUGGAUAUUUAUGGCCGUCACGGUGGGUCACGGCUGGACCUAUACCGCCCUGUGGACGUGGACAGGCGUGGACGCGGCCGCACAAUUGUUGCGAGAGGAUGGCGCCGUGCCGGUUCACGGCAGUAAUUUGCCGCUUCAAAUUGCCCUCGCAAUGGCCUUGCUCAUUGGUGUGGUCGGAUCCCCCCUUCUUAUGGCCUGGUGGAUUCGCGAAUUACGGCGGACUUCGAUCGCCAAUAAGAGCGCGAAGCACCAGUCCCAGGUGGUCCGCAACGGCAACCUUUACGUACUGCCGUAAAAGAUUUGUUGCGGAUUAUGUGUGUACAGUAUCGUUCCAGUGUAUUCCUCGCCUUGCAAUGGUCCAGGCUAACAUUCGAGACCAUCCCUUGCUAUACUUUAU